CGCACCCGUGGGGCGGGAUGGGACCCGCCGGAGGGUCUCGCCUCCGCAGAGCCGGGGCCUGGGGAGCAGGGGGGAGUCGGACCCGGCGUGCCCGCCCCGCUGUUGGUACCUGCACACAGAUGCUGGCGCCCUGCGAGAGCGGGUCGGCCCUGCUGCAGUGGGUUCAGCCUCCGGAGUAGCUGGCAGCGGGGCGAUGUCAAGGCUGUGUCGCGGCUGCCGGCAGCGUGCUGACCUGCAGGCUCUGGAGCAGCCUGACAUAACCUAUUAGCCACUUUUAAAAGGAGUCACUUGCAAAGAGAGCAUUUCUAAACAGAAACUCUGCUCGGGGCUGGUGGCCUGUGCCGAGAGGGGCUUUGGUGACAGUGACUGUCUUAAACAUCCCUCAGGAAGGCUUGGGAAAGGAACAAGGGUAUUGAACAGCUCACCUGCUCACGGGGCAGGAUUUCCCCAAAGGCAUGGGGAGCUGUGCUGCAGUUCCUCUUUGUCUCUUCUGACAUUUGCAUUUUGGUCUUUACUUUAGAACUACUGGGUCACACACUGCUCCUCAAAUAGCCCAUCAAGUUAGCUCAGCUCUGCUUGGUUUGAGGUGUUUUUGUGCAGGGAAGUGAAAUUUGUGAGCCUUUUGUACAGAAAGUGCAGAAACUCACUUAUAGCAGAAGUUUCUGCUUUUGGCUUUGUGGUGUUUGAAAGGGCUGCAAAAAGAGCAGAAUCAGGGUUGAAUAGGCCCCCCCCCGAGGUUAAGACAGAAAGCAGGGCUUGGCCUGGAAGGAUUAGGAGUGCUGAUCUGAGCAGUGCCACACACUUGUGCUUCAAUGGGUUGGAGAUGUCAUCGAGACAGCACUACUCAUCCCCACCCUUCCUGGGAAUGUUGGUAGCAGGUGUAAGCAAGCUCCAUGUCUUUUCAUACCAGACUGGCUCACUUUCCUGGGUCGUAGAUUCAGAUGCAUAUUCAGUCCUCAAAUCAAAUUCCAGCGUGUGUGAGUGGACAGGACGAGCAGAUCACAGUAAUUAUCAUGCCCUGGAUUGAGGGGAGACACAGGGUGCACAGUUUGUUCUAUUCUUACCUUGGGUUCAGCCAUCAGUACUGCACGUGCAGGUUCCUAGAGCUCUGCUGUUGUCCUCCCAUCCCCGAUCAACAUCACAAACUGAAAGAUAACGAAGGCAGCUCUGGCAACCUUGAUGACUGAUGUUUGUUUUUUUAGCGACUGUUACGCUGGAGGAAGGUGUUCCCUGGACAGUCCUGGAGACAGAGCAGAACCCACAGACUGAACCCUGCAGAUUGCUUUGGUACCCUGCCCCUCCGUCCUGCUGCAAUGAGUGGGAAGUCCUUGCUCCUAAAGGUCAUUCUCCUUGGAGAUGGUGGAGUUGGGAAGAGCUCCCUCAUGAAUCGCUACGUCACCAACAAGUUUGACUCGCAGGCGUUCCACACGAUUGGGGUGGAGUUCCUGAACCGGGACCUGGAGGUGGACGGGCGUUUUGUGACCCUCCAGAUUUGGGACACUGCGGGACAGGAGAGGUUCAAGAGCCUGCGGACGCCCUUUUACCGGGGAGCAGACUGCUGCCUGCUGACCUUCAGUGUGGACGACCGGCAGAGCUUUGAGAACCUCAGUAACUGGCAGAAGGAGUUUAUCUAUUAUGCCGAUGUGAAGGACCCUGAACACUUCCCGUUUGUAGUCCUGGGUAACAAGAUAGACAAACUGGAGAGACAGGUGAGCACAGAGGAGGCCCGGGCCUGGUGCAUGGAAAACGGUAACUAUCCAUACCUGGAGACUAGUGCCAAGGAUGACACCAAUGUGACGGUGGCCUUUGAGGAAGCCGUGCGACAGGUGCUGGCGGUGGAGGAGCAGCUGGAGCACUGCAUGCUGGGCCACACCAUUGACCUGAACUCCAGCUCCAAAUCAGGCUCUUCCUGUUGUUGAGAGUGGCUGCUGCUGCUUUGGGAGCAGCGCUCGAGCCAGCAGCUGGAUCGGAACACACCUGGGCAGCCCUGGGGCACUCUGAGGAGAGUGGCCACAAGGACAAGAGGUGGUUUGCUCACUGGGGAGCUGCAGCCUCAUCAUCUGAAUCCUGCCUGGAGUUUUCAGGCGCAGAGCAUGUAUCUGCAGGAGGGAGCUGGUAACAGAGCAUGUGAGCGUAGUCUUGCCUCCAUCUCUGCCUGUUUUAGUAGGUUUAAAGGGCUGAGUUAAAGUCCUUUAACUUCCCUAAACACAAUAGGGAUUUGUUCUGUACCAAGAACUGCCUGCAGAGCAAAGCUGAGAGCAUCCUAGACACUGAAGUAUUUUAGUCCUGAGCUAACAAAAAAUAUUAGACCCACUCCUGACCAUACUGCCAAAGGAAGUCCCACUCAGCGUACUGAAUGAAACCUGUCGUAAAGACUCUGGCCCAUGUGACUGUGAGAAAGCCAAGUACUGGAGUGGCUGGGAUGUGUGUCUGUUGUUUGGGAUAAGUGCAUUGUGUCCUGAGGCUGAAUCGUGAUGAGAAUUGUUAGAGCUCUGACCUGAAGCAACAUAUGUAGGAGAGAUGGGCUUGUGUUUGAAUGUGACAGCAUUGUUACUUCGUAGCUGCCUAUUUCUGGCCGUUUUUCCUCACCUAUAACUUUGUCUUGUGUGAGUGUUAUUUUUUUUGGAGAGACUGCUUGUUGUUUAAUCACGUUUCCUUGUCUCUUGUGGAAGCUCAUCCUUGAAGCCCUGGUUGAAAAACACCGAUGUGGACGCUCGCUGGGUCAUGUCAAAGGGUUGCGCAGGAGGUCUGGAGUGUGACACUUCAGCUGGUUUCUGUCCCAAGUGAUCACUGUGUUCAGGUGAUGUGCUCUAGCAGACCAGAUGGCAGGUGGGUGGGCUGUCUCCUGGCUGUGCAGGUGGUCUGGGGGCUCGUGCGUGGUCAGCUGUUAAACCCCCUCACUGUCUGGCACCAGUGACUGCUGUGCCUCACUGGCUGGCAGAUCCACGCCUUCAGUUGCUCUGGCGUGGAUGUUCCCAUCUGAAUGCUGCAGCGUUCACCUGUCCUGUCAGGCACAGUGCAGCUGAGCACAGUUAGCUCAUGCCGUCAUCCUGGCCCUUCAUCCCUCGUGGGAAAUCCAGGAUGUUUUAUCUGUAAUUCCUCUGACAGACUGGUCAAGUGUCUGCUCUGUUAACUGACUGCUGUGUUCAGUCCCAGUGGGGAGAAAGCUGCACUGCUUUCUCUGUUCAAUGUGGCUGAAAAAUGGGCAUGGGGGGCCCAAGGAACCUUCUGGAAGGGAUGCCAGGCUUUGCUCCCAUCUCCUGCCCUCUGCUAGGUGUUAGUCCCAGGCUGGCUGUGUAGCAGAGAUGAGCUUGCUGACUGCUGUCUUUGCCUUCCAAACCUCGUGCCCUGCAGCCUCCCGUCCAAGCAUUUGGCCAAAGCUGUGACUGCCCACAGGCACGUAGGAGCCUGCCCCGAGCACGUAUCCACUGGCUGUCAUUCCCACUGUGAUCAGCUGCUGGAUGGUAAAUUCUGUAGCUCUGAUCAAGCAACCCUCCCUUCAGCUGUGCUUUAGAGCAGGGCAGUCUCUGCCCUGUGCUGGCAGCUUGUCCCUGUCAUGGCACAGCCUCUGAGCACGCAGAGCGCGAGCAUUCCCUCAUUUCCUCUGGGGCAACCCAGGGAGAUCUUGCCCUUCUCUGCAGGGCACCCGUGUGUGGAAGGGACUGGAGUAUUAAUGCUUCAGGGGGAUCUAAUUUCUAAACAGUCCUGAACGGUUGCAUUCAUGGCAAGUGAAUGCUAUCUAGGCAGCUCUUGCAGUCUCUGGAAAAACACGUCCCUUAAGGAGAAGGUUCUGCCUCUGUAGGUGGAAGAGGUUUUUACAGGAUGUUAUUGUUACUGCUUAUUUAACUAUGUCUGACCUCCUGAGGCCUCUAGAUUUUUCUUCAUUAGCACUGCUUGAUAUUUCAAGAUCCCAGGCUCUGUGACCUGCGGUUCCAGUUUCCAUCCCUGAAGAGCCUCAUUCCCUGGAGCUGGUUUGCACAGGGGCUCAGGGUCAGAACAGACUCCAGCUCCCGUGUGCUGGCUGGCCCUGCCAGGGAGCUGCUGAGCGAGCUCCCUGCAGGUGAAACUGCCCCUUCCUGGGAUCUGUGUGAGGACUGGCACCUCCUAUGGAAGGAGGGCAGAGAUUCAGCAUUCCACAGUGCAGGAGGCACAUGUGCAGCUGUUUGCAGCACCCUGUGCCUGUCAAUGCUGGUGGCUAAAGCUCAAGAGCCUCAUUGUGCACGUGUUACACGUUUAUUUCUAAGACAUUGGAUCAUUGAUUUGUUUUAUAUUAAAACCUCCCUAUUAUAUUAGGCUUAUGUGGUUUUUUUUUUUAAGGUAGAGCAUAAUAUAUUUCAAUUGUUUAAUUUAUUUUAAAUGAAGCGCACAAUUCCCAAAGGAACCAGGAUUUUGAAUUCUGUUGCAAGUUCGGUGCAAACAGCCAUCCCUUCCCCUGUGUCCACUCGUGCUGCUGCGGUUGUUGCUAUUGCUACAGAACUGGAAUUGUAAAACCAAGAUUCUACCUUUAUUUAAGCAAAUAAAACAUGGAUGUAUUCAA